AUCAAUUAUUAUUGCAUUAUUUAGGUAUACAUUCGCGGGUUAUGUAGUGAACUUUAGCUCAGAGACAAUUAUUGUGUAUUUACUGAAGUAUUUAAUUUUUGCUCUAGAAGUUUGUUCUUGUGAUGCUCUAGUUUCCACUUUAAAGGCUCUGCUUAGUGGGGGGCUUUUAAAUUCUUUUAUUAGAUUCUCUCUCUGGAUUCUUUGUUCCCAAGUUGCCAGUUUUGUGUCUGAAACAGUACUUCUCUGUCUUGGGCAUCUCUAGGGUUUCCUUGAGACUUGCUCGUGAGGUUUAAGCGGGGCCGGUUGGAUCAGAAGUUCUUGCCAAGGGUCAAAUCAUUAAAGGAACAAGUGAGGAAGUUGAAAUUCCAGUUUUCUUGAUGGUGCUUGGAAAAUGGCUUGGAAGUUUUCUUCUGCUUCUAGUACGCUUUUCUAUGAAUGCAUUAGGUGCAUAUGUUGGGAUAAACAUUGGGACGAACAUUUCCAAUAUGCCACCAGCUUCUGAUGUGGUUGCAAUCCUUAAAGCCAAUCAAAUAACUCAUGUCCGCCUUUAUGAUGCCGAUGCACACUUGCUGAAAGCUCUAGGAAACAGUGGGAUUGAAGUGAUGGUUGGUGUCACUAAUGAGGAAGUUCUUGGGGUUGGCGAAUCUGCGUCAACAGCAGCAGCUUGGGUUAAUAAAAAUGUUGCAGCAUACUUGCCUGCAACCAAUAUUACUGCCAUUGCUGUAGGCAGUGAGGUUCUUACUUCAAUUCCCAAUGCUGCCUCCGUUCUGGUUCCUGCUUUGACUUACCUUCAAAAGGCUCUAGUUGCUGCAAAUAUAAAUUUCCAGGUCAAAGUAUCAACCCCACAAUCAAUGGAUAUUGUUCCCAGGCCUUUCCCUCCCUCCACUGCCACCUUCAAUUCUUCAUGGAACUCUACAAUUUACCAGCUCCUUCAGUUUUUGAAAAACACUAAGUCUUUCUACAUGUUGAAUGCCUAUCCAUAUUAUGGAUACACCAACGGGGAUGGCAUAUUUCCGCUGGAGUAUGCUCUCUUCCAACCACUUUCUGCAGUCAAGCAGAUUGUUGACCCAAAUAAUCUUUUCCAUUAUAGCAGUAUGUUUGAUGCAAUGGUUGAUGCUGUCUAUUACUCCAUAGAAGCAUACAAUAUUUCUGGGAUUCCCAUUGUAGUCACUGAAACUGGCUGGCCUUGGCUUGGUGGCACCAAUGAACGUGAUGCCACUGUGGAUAAUGCUGAGACCUUCAAUGAUAAUUUGGUCCGGCGAGUUCUAAAUGAUUCAGGUCCUCCUAGCCAGUCUGAUAUUCCCAUUAACACAUACAUUUAUGAGUUGUUUAAUGAGGACAAGAGACCUGGGCCUGUGUCAGAGAAAAAUUGGGGAAUUUUCUUCACCAACGGGUCUGCUGUUUAUCCACUUAGCAUGAGUACUUCCGAUCAAAUUACUGGAAAUUCUUCUGUGACUUUUUGUGUGGCAAGACAAAAUGCAGAUUCUGAUAAAUUACGAGAUGGGCUUAACUGGGCUUGCGGGCAAGGCCAUGCAAACUGCUCUCCCAUCCAACAACGGCAGCCAUGCUAUUUUCCUGAUUCGCUCCAGAAUCAUGCUUCCUAUGCAUACAAUGAUUAUUAUCAGAGGAUGCACAGUGUUGGUGGAACAUGUGAUUUUAGUGGUACUGCAAUGACAACUACUGUUGAUCCCAGUUAUAGAUCCUGUAAGUUCACAGGAAGUUCUAAUUCGAGUAACGGAGUUGGAUUUCUGCCUACUGAGGCAUUUGGUCCGAUAAGCCCCCAGGGAGGUAGCCCAAGCUUGCAGGUUUCCAGGUUUCAGUGUCUAGUAUCAGCAAUAUGUCUUGCCCUAGUGUUGCUUUGUUGAUCAGAUUCAGAGGUAUAUUUGAUUUCACUCCUCUUCGAACGGUUCAAACAGUGGCCGAGAUUAAAUUGUAUGAAAGUCAUAGGCAAUGCACAAAGCUCAAUUGUUGGUGUAUCAUAAACCCCUUGUCCUACUAAAUAACAAAGUGUUGAUGUAUUUUUCAAUGUCAGUAUAAAUUUUGUACCACUUUAGCGUCUUCUUUUUUACCCUCAUUUUUGUGUUCUAUGGAAAUGUGGGGUGAGUUAUCGUUUGUAAUUUAUGUUCUUUGAGCUGAAAUUAGCAAAAUAGAAUUUAAUUUGGUUCCAA